CCAUGUCUUUUGAUUCUUUGCCGAACAAGGAUGAAGUCGACCCAGAGGUUGCCAGUUUCAUCCAGAUGGAAUCACAGAAAGCAGAACUUCAGGCACAGGUACACAAACUAGCAGAUGUGUGCUGGGAACAGUGUGUGGACCGCCCACGGGACAAGCUCGACAGUCGUACUGAGACCUGUGUCUCCAACUGUGUUGAACGCUUCAUCGAUACCUCUCUCACCGUGGCUACAAGGUUCCAGAAACUAAUACAAGGCGCAGGGAACAUGUAGUCUCUUUCUACAAAAAUUGCUUCUGAGUUUUUUCAAAUGUAUUAUUAGUGCUUUUAUUUAAGCUGCUGCAUUGUUUGAUUGUUGUCACACAGAGUGUUUGAUUUCAGAGCCAACUUUUAUGAUGUGGUUUAAUGACUUUUUUAAAAGAUUCGUAGGCCUACAACAGACAAAAGUGGAUUGCUCAGGUUUCUGUAAUUUGAAUUAGCUCUUCUUAGUUGAGAGACUUUAAAAGCAUACAAUAAGUGCUGUUGUUAGGUCUUGAGGUUUAUAAUUUUUGCUUUUUGACGAGUCUGUCCAUUGUGCAAUGUGUUAUAAAUGUCGCUCAGUGUUUCAAGUGCAUGUGUGUAAUUGCCUGAGGAGUUUGGUGACUAAAUGAGGGCUUAUGUUUGAGUGUUAUGUGUAAGGGAGUAGUCAUGUGAAACGUUCUCUUGUGAUGAAAACCAGAUAGGAAAAUUUCAGAUGAUGCCAUUUUCAUGAGCAUUGGUGAUGUGUGAAAGCUGUCUGAUCUGAUAAAGUGUAUUGUAUGACAUUGUUCAGAGAAUUAUUAUUAAACUUGAGUAUACUUUCAAAUUCA